AUGUAUGGUAAUUCGAUCUUGCUAACUUUUAUUUUGCUUAUUGUAUUGAUUAAUGGACAAUAUGAUAAUAAAAAAGAUUUCCUACAAGACAUAGAUGAACCAAUUCGAACUUCAAAAUCAUCAUUUAAUGCACAAUUUAGUCGUGGACGAUGUCCUGAUCGUUUUUAUCAAAUAGGUGAUGAAUGUUUAUAUUUUGGUACUGAUGGUAGAAAAUAUUCAUGGCAUCAAACACAACGUAUAUGUACAAUACGAAUAGCUCGUUUAUUACAACAAACAACAUUUACUAUUGGUCAAGUUAAUAUAAAACCAAAUAAAGGUGUACGACAAUUAAUAUUAAAUACACCAGAAAAAACAAAAAUUUUAGAAGGUCUUUAUCGGGAAUAUGAUGAAUUAAAUUUUGCUAUACGUCUUCCAUCAGAUUAUAAUACAUUAAAUCGUUGUCAUGAUGAUAAAGAAGAUGAUUGGCCACAAUAUUGUGUUAAUCCACAUAAUUCUAAUGCAACAUGUUUUGAAACUAGUGGACUUGAUUCAAAUAAUAUUUGUUUACGUCAAAUAGAUUGUGAUAAAAAAUAUUUAAGAUUUGCAUGUGAAUUUACAUUACCAGGAAGUUCUGAAUUGACUACUUCAAAAUUUCGUAAUUGUCCAAAAAGUCAUGGUCUUCGUCAUCGUUUAUCAAUAUGGGCUUGGCUUUUAGUUGCUUUUGGUGGCAUGUUAUUACUUCUUCUUAUUCUUGGUGGUGUUUUAACAUUUAUUCGUAAUUUAAAAAAAGACUCACCUCAAGUAAGAAAAUCAAUAGCAGAAUCUAUUCGUGCUGAUGAAAAAGCUAUGAAUGUCACAACAAAUCGUUUAAGUUCUGUUUCUGAACCGAUGCUUGUUCGAUCUGCUCGAACUAGUAGUACAUCUAAUACUAACUAUCUAGAGACACAACCAUUACAACGUGUAAUUUCCCCGACAAUCAAAACAACAACAGUAGGGCAAGAUGGUACUUCUCCAUAUGUUUAA